UUACGAUUUGUGAGGGGUAUAUCAUGAAUAUCUAUAUAUUAAUUGUAUUGUCUCGUACGAAUCUUGUCAUAUAAAUAAUAAUAAUAAUAAUAAUAAUAAUAAGCAACUGCCAAGAGUGGUAUCCGAGUUGUAAAGGUUUAGAAAUGGGAAGCAGAACGCAUUUGCAGGGCAAGUCCUGUGUCUUCAACCUUCUAGUUCCAGCUCUGGCCUUUCUUUUCACUUCCGCUCAAGCUCUUACUCUUAGCAGGACUAGUUUUCCAAAUUCUUUCAUAUUCGGAGCUGCAUCAAGUGCUUACCAGUAUGAAGGAGCAGCACAUGCAUAUGGGAAAGGAUCUAGCAUAUGGGACACAUUUACUAGCACUCAUCCAGAAAAGAUUUUAGACCACAGUUCAGGAAUUAUAGCCGAUGAGUUCUAUUACCAAUACAAGGAGGACAUUGCCCUCCUGAAAGAUAUUGGUUUCGAUUCAUUUAGAUUCUCAAUCUCAUGGUCAAGAGUAUUACCAAGAGGGAGAAUAACUGGAGGAGUAAACCAGGAGGGUGUCAAAUUCUACAACAACCUCAUAGACCAACUUCUAUCAAAUGGUAUUAAACCUUUAGUGACAUUGUUCCACUGGGAUCUUCCACAAGCCCUUGAUGAUGAGUAUGGUGGAUUCUUGAGCCCUAACAUCGUGAAUGAUUAUAGGGACUAUGCGGAGUUUUGCUUCAGAGAAUUUGGCGACAGAGUAAAGACGUGGAUCACUCUGAAUGAACCAAAUUAUUUCAGUAGUGAUGGAUAUGCAAGUGGUUUUAGAGCACCAGGUCGAUGUUCCAAGUAUAUUGGAAAUUGCACUGCUGGAAACUCAGCCACUGAACCUUAUUUGGUAGCUCACCACUUGAUUCUUGCUCAUGCAACUGCAGUUCAAUUGUAUAGACACAAGUACCAGGCAUUUCAGAAGGGAUCCAUUGGGAUAACGAUAGGGAGUGAAUGGAUGGUACCAAAAUUCCAAACAGUUGAAUGCAUCAAAGCAGCCUCAAGAGCUAUGGAUUUCAUAUUUGGAUGGAUUGUCCAUCCAGUCACAUACGGUGAGUACCCGAAAACAAUGAGAUCCUUGGUGGGAAAUCGAUUGCCAAAAUUUACAGAAGCAGAAUCCAAAAUGAUAAAAGGAUCUUUUGAUUUCAUUGGUGCUAAUUAUUACACUGCAAGCUAUGCUGAAGCCGAUUCUUCUUUCUCAACCAUCACCAAUCCAAGUUAUACAACUGACAUGAAUGUUACCCUUACCAAAGAGAAAGAUGGCAUUCCUAUUGGCCAACCGACCGCUAGCUGGCUUUACAUUUACCCGAAAGGAAUCGAAGAAUUUAUGUUAUAUAUAAAAAGAAAUUACAACAAUCCUGCAAUUUACAUCACUGAGAAUGGAGUUAUUGAUGAUACAAACGUAGCACUCAAAGAUAAAUUGAAUGAUAGCACAAGGAUAAGCUACCACCAUCAACAUCUAUCACAUGUUUUGAAAGCUAUCAAGGGUGGAGCUGAUGUGAGAGGAUAUUAUGUAUGGUCAUUUCUUGAUAAUUUUGAAUGGGAAUUGGGUUACACUGUUCGAUUUGGCCUCGUUUACAUUGACUAUAAAAACAAGUUGCAAAGAUACAUGAAAAACUCUGCUCGGUGGUUCAAGAAUUUCCUCCAAAAGGACAUUGAUGUCAAAAUUCACCCUUCUUUGCUGUAUUCCGAGUGAUUUAUGGUACUUAUAAUUUGCUUAUCUAUGUAGUACUAUUUUAUUCAAGAUAGAGAACGAAUCUAGGAUGAUGUAUUUAAUAUGAAGUGAAAUAAAAUAAAGAAUGACAUGGGUAAAUUAAAGGCCA